AAUGAUGCUGCUGCUCGCACUUUCGGUAAAUAUAGAAAGAAGGAAAGGACGUGCGCGCACCGAAAAGCUAGGUCAAGGUUUUGAAGAAGAGCAUGCUUUAAAUAGAUCCACAGAACCCACGGGACGUCACGUUAAUGCACGGAUCAGCAUACCUGUACUGUUUUUAUGCCUGCUGUUUUUAAAGGAUCCACCACAUCAGCUGCAGCGGAUAUCAUGAUGCAGGAAGAUCUCUCUCGCUGCUCUAUAUGCUGACAACAACAAUGCAAAGGCAGUGACAGCCGAGUUCGAGCUCUAGUGUGGUUUAACCAGUCCUGUCACUUCCUCUUUGACGUGUGCAUGUUUUGGUCAGUCAGUUCAGUUGUAAGUUCUAUUGUAAAACCACAGGACUUUAUAUUUGAUUGCAUGGAGGACAGUUUUGGCCUGCUUUCCUGUUUUAUUUAGUCGGAUGAACCGGUAGCCAGCCGCUUGCUUACACACCGCGCGAGGAAAUUGCGUUGCAGCGACCCGGCAGACACCUCGACCUGCAGCGGGGAUGUGUGUGAGCUAAAGCCGCCGGAUAUUGAUGGCCACGUCGCUCUGAUAAGAGCCGAUUUGAGCUAAAACUCCACGCCGAAGGUCUGAGAAUGAGCUCGGCUCCUUCUCUCUGAUGCAUUUGAGCUAAGGGCCGUCCUGGUGGAUUUGCCCCUGACCCAGCGGAGCGUUUCCAGCGCCAGCCCCGCUCCACGCCCAUCAUGCUGAUCAAAGAGUACCGCAUCCCCAUGCCCAUGAGCGUCGAGGAGUACCGCAUCGCUCAACUCUACAUGAUUCAGAAAAAGAGUCGUGAAGAGAGCGAAGGCGAGGGCAGCGGGGUGGAGAUCCUGGAGAACCGACCCUACAUAGACGGCCCGGGCGGCUCUGGUCAAUACACCCAUAAGGUUUACCACAUAGGCCAACACAUCCCUAGCUGGUUCCGCUCUAUCUUGCCAAAAGCCGCGCUUCGUGUGGAAGAGGAAUCCUGGAACGCCUACCCAUACACUCGUACACGCUACACGUGUCCUUUCGUCGAAAAGUUUUCCAUUGAUAUCGAGACGUACUACAAGCCGGACACGGGUUGCCAUAAUGACGUCUUCAACAUGUCCUCGGCCGAAAGGAGACAACGGGAUAUAGAUCCUAUCGAUAUUGUGAAAGAUUUCAUUGCCCCUCAUGAGUACCUAGCUGAAGAGGACCCUAAACUCUACAAGUCGAAUAAAACGCAGCGGGGACCCCUGUCUGAUGACUGGAUCGCGGAAAUCAACACCAACCCAGGCAAAAUGCCCGUCAUGUGCGCUUACAAGUUGUGUAAAGUGGAGUUUCGAUACUGGGGCAUGCAGUCCAAGAUUGAGCGCUUCAUUCAUGAUGUGGGGCUGAGGAAGGUGAUGGUCCGUGCUCAUCGACAGGCCUGGUGUUGGCAGGAUGAAUGGUACGGUCUGACCAUGGAGGACAUCCGACAACUGGAGCUGGAGACCCAGCUGGCUCUGCAACAGAAGAUGGCACAGUACAGCUGCAACGAGGAGGGCGGCGAGAACAACGGCCCCGUCACCGGCUCGGAGAAAGAACUCGAAGCCAAGGAGGCCAACAGCUCCACCGAAGCGGAGGGCACGACGAGGACCAUGGGGGACACGCUGCAGGCGCGAGGAGAGCUGACCAAGCAGUGGUCCACCUCUUCCAGGUCCUCGCGUUCCUCAAAAAGGGGCGGAAGCCCUUCACGCCACAGUAUUUCUGAAUGGCGCAUGCAGAGCAUCGCCAGAGACUCGGAGGACAGCACAGAUGACGAGUUCUUUGAUGCACACGAGGACUUCUCUGACAACGAGGAGAUCUUCACCAAGGAGAUCACCAAGUGGAGCUCCAACGAUCUGAUGGAUAAAAUCGAGACCGCCGAGUCGGAAGAAGCUCAGGGUGAUUUGUAUCAAGAACCUGGGACUGCCGGCGGGGAGCGACUCAAUGAGGACGGUUCCUCACAGCAGUGUUUACAGCCGUCUAAGAUGCACGUCCUCCUCCUGGUCCUGCACGGCGGGAACAUCCUGGACACGGGCAGCGGAGACCAGAACAGCAAGCAGGGGGACGUCAACACCAUCGGCAGCGCGUUUGAUGCAGUGAUGCGGGUCCAUUACCCAGCUGCAUUGGGCCGCAUCGCCAUCCGCAUGGUUCCCUGUCCGGCCGUGUGUGUGGAGGCCUUCUCUCUGGUGUCAAAUUUGAGUCCCUAUAGCUAUGACGAAGGCUGCCUCUCCAACAGUCAGGAUCACAUCCCUCUGGCCGCCCUGCCCCUAUUGGCCACCUCUGCACCACAGUACCAGGACGCCGUGGCAACGGUCAUAGUGCGAGCCAAUCAGGUCUACGGUGACUUCAUCAAAUCCCUGGAGGGGGCCACUUUCACUGGCCAAGUGUGUCUGAUUGGUGACUGUGUUGGAGGGAUUCUGGGAUUUGAUGCUCUUUGCAGCAGCAACAUCACAGUGUCAGAGAGUCAAAACAGCAGCCGGCGUGGCAGCAUUGACAAUGACCUGUUGUCACCAGGGAUCAUUAUAAACAGCACUCACUGCUCGGGUUCUGGCUCGGGUUUGUCUCUAGAGGGAAGUCGGCACCUCAGCCGUAGUAAUAUAGACAUUCCACGUUCCAGCGGUCCAGACGACCCUAAACGACAGCUGCCCCGGAAACGCAGCGACUCCUCGACCUACGAGCUGGACACCAUCAAACAGCACCAGGCCUUCCUGACCAGUCUGCACUCCAGCGUUUUGAGGAACGAUCCGGGUUCACGGCGGUCCAGCAGCAGUACCAUGCUGGAGGGAGGUGGCGCUCUGGGAAAGUUUGACUUCGAAGUGUCCGACUUCUUCCUCUUCGGCUCUCCGCUAGGCCUGGUCCUCGCUCUGAGGAAAACUGUGGUCCCUUCUUUAGAUGUGGCUCAUCUUCGCCCGGCUUGCCAGCAGGUUUAUAACCUGUUCCACCCCGCGGAUCCCUCCGCCUCUCGUCUGGAGCCCCUGCUGGAGAAGCGUUUCCACCUGAUGCCACCGUUUAGCGUCCCCCGAUACCAGCGCUUCCCACUGGGUGACGGCCAGUCAGCCCUGCUGGUGGAAACCAUCCAGAGUAACCCUCACCUCCUGUUGGAGAGUGUGAGCUGUGCUGCCCAGCGCUUUCAGGAUGGCAUCAGCGAGACUUCCAUUCCCGUCCCUGUGCUCAACUGGCAAGCCAUGCCGGCCCCCGCCGAGUCGGACGUGAUGCAGUCUCACAGCAUUAUGUUUGGGGAUCACUCCAAUCCUUCGUCUCCGGGAUCCAUUCCAGCCUUCCGUGGGGCUCGCAGGGGCAGUGAGACCAGCAUCGCCAGCCAGGUGUCAGGGUUAGCGGACAGUUACACCGCCUCCAACAUCGCCAACAUAACACAAGCAUGCCAAGUUAGACUCUCCAAAAAGCUCAGUUUUUUGUCCCAAUUGUCCCUCCCCUAUAAUAAAAUGAGCUCCCGAAGCCCCUCCCACAAAUCCUGCAAAGCACAAAAUAAGCGUCCGCUAGAAAGGCAGGAUUCCAGCUGUUUGGAUGAGACAGAGCAGAGCAUCUCUCUAGGCUUUGAGCCCUCACCCUCGCUCUCCUCAGACCCGCCAUCACCGUGUGUCCCGCUGGACAUCGAGCAAGUCGCUGCACGCUGGUGGGGAACCAAGCGCAUCGAUUUCGCCCUGUACUGUCCCGACGCUCUGACUGCGUUCCCCACCGUGGCGCUACCUCACCUGUUUCACGCAUCCUACUGGGAAUCAACGGAUGUGGUGUCUUUCCUGCUCAGACAGGUAAUGAGGCAUGAGAACUCGAGUAUUUUGGAACUAGAUGGGAAGGAGGUGUCCGAAUUCACUCCGUCCAAACCGCGGGAGAAGUGGAUAAGGAAGAGGACACAUGUGAAGAUCAGGAAUGUUACAGCAAAUCACCGCGUGAAUGAUGCCGUGUUUAAUGAGGAUGGCCUUCAGGUAGUCAUGGGUCGCUUCAUGUACGGGCCGCUGGACAUGGUCACACUGACGGGAGAGAAGGUGGACAUCCACAUCAUGACCCAGCCUCCAUCCGGUGAGUGGGUGUACUUCAGCACAGAACUAACCAAUAGCAGCGGCCGGAUUUCCUACGUGAUUCCGGAGAGCAAGCGGCUGAGCAUCGGAGUGUAUCCAGUCAAAAUGGUGGUCAGGGGCGACCACACAUCUGCUGACAGUUACCUGACUGUGCUGCCACACGGCACAGAGUUUGUCGUGUUCAGCAUCGACGGCUCUUUUGCCGCUAGCGUGUCCAUCAUGGGCAGCGACCCUAAAGUGCGAGCAGGAGCGGUAGACGUAGUCAGGCACUGGCAGGACUUAGGCUACAUGAUAGUGUACGUGACGGGGCGGCCAGACAUGCAGAAGCAGCGUGUGGUGGCCUGGCUUUCACAGCACAACUUCCCUCAUGGGAUCGUGUCCUUCUGUGAUGGACUCGUACACGACCCCCUCCGACACAAAGCCAACUUCCUCAAGGCUCUCAUCACAGAGGCACAUAUGAAGAUCUUCGCUGCUUAUGGCUCCACGAAGGACAUCUCCGUGUACACGUCACUUGGUCUGCCGCCAUCACAAAUCUACAUUGUGGGGAGACCAACAAAGAAAUUGCAAUACCAGUGUCAGUUCAUUGCCGAUGGCUACGCGACUCAUCUUUCCCAGCUGGAGUACAAUCAGAGAUCGAGACCCGCCAAGACCGGCAGCGCUCGCAUGGUCCUCCGGAAAGGCAGUUUCGGGCUGGGCGGCAGUGGCGACUUCUUGCGGAAGCGCAAUCACCUGCUGCGCACCAUCUCCUCGCAACCCACGUCCUCCACACCGCCCGUGCCGGUGGGCCGUCCCGAACGUGCGCAGAGCCAAUCGGAAUGUGACCGCGAGCGGGCCGAACGUGCACAGAGAAGCAUGAGCAUCGCCGCCGGCUGCUGGGGCCGAACCAGCAAACUCGAGGGCGGAGCCCUGAGCCCGAAAUAGGCUCCUCCCACCGGGUCCAAAUUCUGGAGGCACUUCAUUGGGCACGCGGGCUGCAGGAACGGUAGGAGACGGACAGGACGGAAUCUCACAGUAUUACAACAGACUCUGUGAGCAAAUCUCACGGCAUUACUAUCGUUGCAUGAGAAUCUUUCUCCGAUUCGUUUUAUUUGAUUUUUUUUCUUUUUAGACCGGCAGCCAAGCAUUUUCCAGAAAUCUAGCGCCUUAAGCAUCGCUCUGGGUCAUGGCCCUCGCCUCUGACUUGAUUGAAUGUACUGUUGGGACUGAAAACAUGGAUCGUUGGGUGGGUAUGGACUCUUCCCGCUUCCUCUAUCAUUCCCCAGACUUCCCUUCCGGCGUCUGCAGAGAUUCCCACACAUGUAAAUACGUGCCUCCUCUUACCUGCUCAGGGCAGCCAUGAACUUGAGGAGCCGACGAGACCCAGAGGCCAUUCCGCUCAUUUGUUCCCGGCAGCCUCUCCGAGUCGAAUGGCAGCAGCAUUUGGCAAUAAGGAUCAAAGCUCAUCGCACCGAACUCCGUCUGCAGGUCAUCCGAGGCCUUUACUUCUCAUUCAGAGCAAGAACAAUCCCUUUACAAGGCCAUCUGCUCGCAAUACCUCCAAGACGCCACCUCGACCUGGGCUGCUGGGUCACCUUCCGUGUUUCUUUUUUUCUCGACUGCUGUUUCGUUAACUCCUGAGCCACCAAACACCGGUCGCAAGCACAUGCCACAUCUGCUGAAGGAAAAACUUUCCUGCUGCUGCUGUCGUCGUCGUGGAGAGAGUUUCCCAUCGAGGACGCGCCACGCAGCUCGCUGGAUUCGCAUGUUCAAGGACAACUUUUAAAAGAUUUCGCUCAAUCAUUUCCUUUUUGCAGCCGAUCAGGGAGCGAUUCGACUCGCUCGCUUGAUACUGCCGACGGCCAAAACGAAUUCGAUUUCGAAAGCUGUAGUUCUCCAACUGCAUAAACCUCAUUGUUGUUAUUUUGCACUAGUGGAAUAGUGGAGGCCCUUGUUUCCAUCUCAUGUGGCUACACGACGUUUCGCGUGUAGCGCAUGUCCCUUUUUAUUUAUGGCAGGGUAUUUGUGCGCAUAUGCGCGGUUAUGUAGUUCUCCGAAAACAAGAGCACGCGAGAAAUGUGCCAAAAGCAGGCAGAUCAUAGGAACCCAAACACACGUCCAAGGUUACCGAUGGAUUGUAGCAACGUUUCCCAAGCGUUUCCGUGGCACAUGUUUUUAAGAUUUUAGAUCAUUUUAGAUCAACUUCAGUUAUCUAUGAUAUUGUCCAUAUGUUCAUAUGUAAGUGAUUGAGGUAUAUAGAGAUUGUGCUUUUAAUUUUCUUGCUAUUUUAAAUCGGACAGCAUGACAAAGUCGGGUGAACCGUACACGGUUUGUUUCUGUAUAUCAUGUCAUGAACACACACUGGAAUAGCCAUGCUGCAUGUAACGGAACUGGGAGGCCUUUGUCUGGAGUGGAUGUUCUGAACCGAGGACUUCAAACAGUGUAGAUACUGUAUAGAUAUUGUAAAUUUCACUAUAAUAGGAUAUGUUACGGUCAGAAUUUAUUUAUUUCUGUAGCUUCAUAACAUAAGACGAUGGAUAUUUCAGGUUUGACUCUACGUGUUUUGCUUUAUUCUUUUGUCCGACACUUCUGAAAUGCUUCUUUUAACGGACCAAUGACGCGUCUCCUUGUGCAUAAUCGUCGACAGUGUUUCCGUAGCAAAACUCUAGAUGACGCAACCACCGCCAGUUCAGCCAACAAUGAGCCUCUGGAGCACACACCUGCACAUGUACAAACGCUGCAGACGGAAAUGUGAAUUGGAAUUGUGAAUUCUGUGGUUCUGUGAUAAAUUUGCUGCAAAAGACCGAGUUUAAAUUGGUGCUGAACGGUUUUUCAAUCAACCUUUUUGCUCUGAGAUGGCAUUUGGACUGGUAUUACUAGUCUUUAAUGCAUCUAGUUCAGUACCAGACAUCAGGGGUUCUCAGUGGAAAUAAACAUGCUGGAAGGUUUGUGAACUUCUACCGCUGAUAUCUAGGUCAUCUUGGUUGUUGCUCUAUAAUUUGGUUGUUAACCACUGAACAAAUUCUCCGUUACACACUCUUGCCAUCUGAACUGACUUGCUUCUACUUCUUCUACACUUUCUCCUGUUUUCAAAUCAAGCGUUGAGAACGUUGAUGAGUUUCAUUUCCGAAUUGUUGAGGUUUAAGAUUCAGACGCAUCGCAGGGACAUUGUGAUCGACAAUUGUGCCACAGUUUUUACACGGCAAACAUUAGUUUAAACAUCCGCGGCCUUGCUUGUGGGCCAAGUAUUAUAUCUUCAGAUAAACCAGAUUAUAGCCACUUUUGUACUUUGCAUGUCAAAGAGAAGCUUUCGUACACUUUCCUGUAUUCUUCAAUAAUGGGCCACACUACAAACCUCCAGUUUCUAGUCAUUACAAAUAUGCUGUUGUCUGUAUAGAACGUCAUAUCAGUUGUUAAUACCAAAUAUUUAAAUGAUAUUACCGUUAAUCCUAAAUCCAACCAUAUUUUUUAAGAAAUACUGACAUCCGAGUUAAAAGGCGUUAAAUGCAUAGAAAUACUUUGAAAUAAAUUGACAUUGCAGUAUUUUGGACAUGUAAAUGCUGUCUAAUUAGUGUGCAGGUGUUUCAAAACACAAGCUCAUUGGAUGAAAUAAAUGUGGUGAAAUAUCCCGAAACAAUCGUGUUUUGUGCCCGUUUUAUUCGUUGCCAAAACUUUCAGAUAAUCAUUGCAAAUGAAUCACUCUCCCAACAACUUUUCAAUGAUGAAUGGAGACGUACUGCAGGUUCAUUUUACACUCCUGUUGACGUACUGAUCUGGACUGACUCGCUCCUUUACAGUUUUCUUACCAGGUCGGUGGUUCAGUGCUCUCAUGUGUAUAACUGUAUGUACUGUGGAUUAAAUACAGUUGGACAACU